GCUGUAUAUGUCUUUGUACUGAAUAUGUCUUUGUACUGAACACCUCUUGAGAUUCUCUUUUCUUGAAAUCAUUUGCUAUUGUGGCAUCUGUUCCAUAAAUUUCUCCGAUGAACUUCGUGAGGACAUUGCGUUAUUCGAUCACAAGGAUGCGUUUGAAUUUUUACAUUUUCUGCGUGACCAUAAUUCCAUGAUUUCAUUUCAAUCGUUGCGAUUUUCCUCAAGAUCGAGUUCCUUUGUACACAGAAGAGGACUGUUUGAAAAAUCACUGAAUUUCAAUGCGAAGGAAGCGAUUUGUUUGAGAGUUUUCUGCACAGUUUAGUGAGAAACUAAAGACCUAAUGAAAUAUUUUUCUUGGAUGAUGUGACCUCAAUUUAACACCACAGAGCUUUACGAAUAUUUGACUCUGUAGUUCUCACUAUUUCUUGCCACAAAUCCGUUUUAACGUCAUGAUGGCAGAAUAGCUCAUCACCCUCAACACCUGACACUGACUUCUGUUCCAUUUGUUCCACUUUUUCACAACAUGUGCAGGACAACUUUGGGAUUUUGAUGUGUGUAAAAAGUUUGCCACUGCAUAUUUUAUACAAGGAAACAUGUUGUUGCCAUCGUGUUUAGUUUUUAUUUUUUUUAGCAUUUCAGAGAACAAACACACCAAUUAUUAAAGCAAAGGUGUUUUCUUUUCACACCACCAUCAGAGCUACUUGCGUCACUGCGGCAUUACUUUUUUCAAGCAUUAAUCAAGAUGUGUUCUCUCAUCAAACGGUCCUGCUUUUGUAGCACUUUCUUAGUUUCUUUACCUGUAACUUUUCUGCAUAGUAAUGCUUUGCAUUUAUUUCAGCAUAAAGUAGAUGUGUAAUAUUAGUGAAGAUGCAAAGAGCGUUUUAUGUAAAGGCACAGUUAAAUAUAUUUUUUACUUGAACAGAUAAUAUGACAAAUUCUUAUUCUAGAAUCAUCUCUACAUAUGUGCCUUUCAAACCUGUUCAAUUUGUUUUCUAUAGAAGAUAUAAAUCUGCGAAACGACAUCUGAGAAUUUGACAUUUUGCUGCCGGUUGAAACUUCUGGAUCCAGUGAACAACUAUUUCAGACAAAAUUUUAUUUGAAAUUGAUUUUCGUCGUAGUCGAAGAGAAAUCUGUCAUUUCCAGAGCAGCUAGCCUGCUGAGAAAGUGUGCAACAACGAUUCAUUUGCGGUUCUGAAUUGCAAUGCUGUCUGUGUCAAGAUAAAGGGCCUUCCCAGUCCAUAAUGAGUGAAACAACAUUGUGGACUAGAUGAAUGAGGUUCUCGAAUACCUGCAUGAGAGAAAUUCAGACUGCAGUCCAUUGCAACAGAGAAUAACGGCGGACUGAUGGAUUUGCGUUUGCGUCAUGAUUUAAGGAAACACUCAAAUAUGUAAAGGCCCAGUUUAAUUGGGCCAAAACUUGCGGUGGAAAUGAGCACAAAAGAAACGAAAGGACCUGCUGAAGAAUACGCAAGUAAAAAUGGCAUGGAAGAAUUUGAUUGAAGCGGCACUUAUUGUUUCAAACUUGGGUAUUUGCAUUUGAAAAUUAGUUUUCAACAGAAUUUGAAUUUGCUUUGUCUGAACUUUGAUGUGAUUUUGAUCUUCAACUCUUUAUCCUUCCAAGGUGUUUGAUCUCUUCUCAUAACUCACUGACACGCUCCAGGAUUGUGGAGAAUUUAAAGACAUAUUUUACAGAACAAACCAAAUCGGUUCAAGCAUUUGAGUCACACGAAGAAAGCAACCAGUAAACCUUUUGGAUCUAGCCAUGUCUCGCCGAAGAAGCCGCACUCCAUCACCAGCACGGUAUUCACGCUCGUGCAGCAGCAGUGAUCCUAAAGAUUUGGAGAGAAGGAUUUUUGUUGGGAAUUUGCCAACCUCCGACAUGGAAAAAAAGGAUUUGGAAGACCUGUUCAACCCAUAUGGGAAGAUAGUCGGCGUAUCCAUGUUUCGUGGGUUUGGAUUUGUACAGUUUGAACGCGUUGAGGAAGCCGAAGCUGCAAAGGCGGCCCAAAAGGGUCGAAUAUAUAAAGGUUAUAAAAUAGAUGUAAAUAUGGCAGUGGAGCGACGGCAAGCUAAACCUCAAUCCCAGCAGAGCCCUCCACGAAGGGCCCCAUAUGGCAGUUAUGGGGACAGCAAAGAUCCUCGACCUCGGUCCCGUUCACCCGUUUAUCCACGUGAGCCUCGGGAGAGCCGUGAUGGGAGGGACUCCGGUAGAGAAUCAAGGCCAAGUGGCCACUCUCGAGACCACGACUUCCGGUACCGUAGCUCAGACAGCAGAGACAAGGACAUCAGAGGUGACCCACGGGAUUCUGCAUACAGCAGAGAUGACUAUGACAGAUACUACCGCAGUGGCAGUGGAGCAGAUGACUAUUACCGGAGGAAGGACGAGCCCUACAGGGAUCCCUAUGCAGAUCCCUGGAAUGGACGGCGUGACCCAGAAGAAGAUCGCGCUCGACCAGAAGAGCGCCGGCGCAAUGAACUGUAUCGACAGUACUAUGAAGAACUCCAGCGGCGCUAUGACACGGACCGUCCUGUGGACUGCUCUGUGAUUGUUGUCAACAAGGCACAAAAUAGGGAGUAUGCUGAGACGGUUGGGCGUAAAGUCCGUGAUUUGGGAAUGGUGGUGGAUCUGAUCUUCCUCAACACAGAAGUGUCUCUAACCCAGGCACUGGAGGAUGUGGGUCGAGCCCGUACUCCCUUUGCCAUCAUCAUUACACAGCAGCACCAGGUCCACAGGUCCUGCACUGUCAACAUUCUCUUUGGCACACCUCAAGAACAUCGAAACAUGCCAAUGCAGGACGCCAUGAUGCUGGUUGCACACAACUAUGACACCUACAAAGUGGAAAACCGGGAAAAAGAACGUGAGGAAAUUGCCAGAAAGGCUGCCAAGAUGGCGGAUGAUGUGUUACUCAGGGAGGCGGACAGGGAGAGUCACCCCAUUUCAGUCCUUACAGCUAUCACACUGCUGUCUGAAAACAGAUUUGUAACCCCUGAGGAGCUGGACAGUCUCAUUGCAUAUCUGAAGGACAAAAGAGCUCGGCUAGUACGAAGCACAGCAGAUCCUCUAGCAGCUCCGGUCCAUGUUGGAGCUCCUGCAGCAGUACAUCAUGAUGUCCCAUCCUCAGCUGCAGUCCCUCCUUCAUCUCAUCCUGCUCACCCAGCCCCACAGUCGAGUCACCUCGGCCUAUCUGGUUCUGGUUCAAGUGUCUCAGCAAACCCCAGUCAUCAGCAGGAGCUGCAAGCUAAAAUCCUCAGUCUAUUUAACAGUGGCAGUGGACCGUUGGCAGGCACUGGUAGCCUUCCCUCUGCUACCUCCCAGUCACACUCCUACGGCUCUCUCGGCCCAUCUCCUUCCCAAAACCCAUCCCGCCCAACCAUGCCUGUCCCUCCUACAGCUGGAACCCAGGCUUAUGGCACCCCACCAGGCCGCAUGCCAGUGGCAGCAGCUGGUCAGAGACCCCCUACCUCUGCUUCAGGUAUCAAUUUUGACAACCCGAGUGUCCAAAAAGCUCUUGACACAUUAAUUCAGAGUGGACCGUCUUUGAACCAUCUGGUAAGUGCUGGGGCCUCUCAGCAGCCACCCCCCAGACCAGCACCCAAUGCGGGCCAGGUUCCACCCAUGUCCAUGUAUCCCCGACAUUACUAACAGGCUGUAGUGAAUCAACCACUCCUAAUGUGAGGUCACCUCUCCCUCUGAUAGAAGUAGACACCGCAUCUUUUUCUGUGCAGUGCAUUUACCAGCAUUGUAUCGGUAGACUGUAGGGAUAUUUUGUAAAAACUUUUAAUCUUUUUUUUUUUUUCUAAGUAUUGUGUUGUUUAAAUUUGAUCAGACUACUUGAUGGUCUGCAUUUUCAAUUGUUGUUUGCCAGUAGAUAUUUACAAAUGAAUGAAACAGUGAAGUUCUGAAGUACAGUUUUGGUUCUUAUUUCUUUUCCAGUGACAAUGUGUCUGUCUUUUUAUUUGUAACAUUGUUUCUGUUGUCAGAAAGAGACACGAUUAAAAACUCAAGACACAAUUGCUGUAAUAAAAUGGUAUUGGUUUAUUGCA